AUGGACUGGAGGAUGAGUAAACUUGAAAGGAAUCAGCGACUGUUGAGAAGCAGGGCUAAGAAAAUAGAAGAUAGGUUAACUUCUAUUGAGAGAAAAGGAAAUGAGGCUGAGGAGAACAAUUAUGGUGAAUAUAUGGAUUUUGGACAGUGGGAUAAUAUGGAUUGUGGUAGACCUGAAGGGUUGGAUAAAACGGUUGCUGAGGAAAAUUAUGAUAGAGCUAAAGGAAAAGAUAGAGACACUGGUGAGGAAGAAAAUGAAGAGAACACGACAGAUAAAAGGCUGAGCAAGAGACUGAACAAGAGGCUGAGGAAGAGCAAAAGGCUGAGUAAGAAGCUGAGGAAGAGCAAGGGAAAGAGGUCCAAGAGAAGCAGCAGCCGCGUGAAGAUGGUGAGAAAGAGGACUAAGGCAGUAGCCGCAGGGAAACUAGUCCAUACACCACCAGAGAAAUUUUUUCAGUUUGCGAGACCCAGUGAGGAAGAGGAACUCGCAAGGUUGAAGGAGAGAUGUGUAGUACAAGCUGAAAAAUUGUGGAGGCAAAUUGAGGAAGAGGAAAGUGAUGAGAAAUCUGUGGAGAGUUUCGCUGAGGAAGAAGUAGAAAAGACACAAGAAAAUGUUGAGAAAUUGGUAGAAGAACCUGAAAAAACAGUGGAAGAGGUGGAAAAAACCACCGAGGAAGAAGCCACGCAUGUGAUAUACACUGAAUAA